UUUCUCCUAGGCAGCUGUAACCUUUUGAAGCUUUGAAAAGCUUCCUGUCUCUCACCGUUAUGGGAGAAUAUGUUUAAGAAAGCAAUGACAUGCUAUGAGGGAAAAACUCAUUCAGUAGUUUUACAUCCGACUUGGAAUAACUUUAUAGCAAACAACACCGCGGACAUGGUGCAGAAAAUCAUGUUUAAUGUUGUUUGUUACCCUGUAUCGUUGCGGGGUGCGACAACUCUAAGGAACAUCGACAGUGACUUGCCAGGAUUUUGUUGAAUCGUUUAUUUUAAUCUUUUUUUUUCUUUUGUUUUUAGUUUUAACAAGUGCCAAUCUUUUAUUACAGAAAAACAAGGUAUAAAUAAGCAAGAUGAUUUCUGCAAUGCCAGCUGUGGCCGUAAGGCGCGAAAGGAGGAAGAAAAUGGCCAGAGCGGCCAGUUUGGCAUCGAGCAGGCAGAGUAGUGUAUCGUCAUUAUCACAAAGUCGGCCAGGUUCUCAGGCCAGAAGACCCACAACGCCCAGUAUCAGUACCAUCAGCAGCAGUUCUCAACCCAGUUAUGUCAGCACCAUAACAUUACACAGGAGAACCCGCGAUCCACACGAGAUCGAAAAACAGAAACUGAAAUUUUUAAUGCGCAUCGGAACCAUUCUUAUCGCUUCUGGCAUCGUUUUGGUGUUUAUAAGUGUGGCAAUCAGCAUACCAGGGACACAAAAGAUCGGAUUUGUUUUUAUCGGUAUAGGAUGCGUACUUUGUCUUAUCAAAGUUGUGUUCUCCACAUCUCAAACACCUACAGUUAAAAAAUUAGCCGCAUCGAAGUCGGGUAGUGCAGCGUACAUGCCACCAAGUACAGUAACCACACCGGCUUCGGAAGACAGCGAAUUUACUAGUCUCCUAUCGAGGAGACUUCCACUUUCUCCAUCCCAAGAAACUAAUUUGACUGUCCACACCACUCACACUUGUUCAACACCAAUGAGCCUGAACAGUAUUCCAGAAAUGCAAAUUCUUGUGACGGAUGAACGCGAGAGGUACUAAAUAUUCUAUAAAUCCUCUUUCACUUUCACUUUUCUCUGUCUCUUAUUUAAAAAAAAAAAAACCCAAAAAUAUAACAAAACAACAACGUUAUAACCGUCUUCCAGUGUUAUUUUAGGCUGGCAGACACAUA